AAUAAAAUCUGGCCCAGUGAAAAAAAUGGUCCAUGGCUAAUCUAAAAAACAGGAAUGGGUUGACUGUUGACCUCAAGCGCCAUAGCGCAGGACUCCACUGACCGCCACUGCACACGGACACGGCACACCGCUCGUUGCUCGCAUCGCCGGACGUCGCAGGCCCGCUCUGGACGCGUGCAUCGCCGGAGGCCGCACACCCUGACGCCUCCCUUCUGCAACUCUGCCGCUCCUUCGCAACUCUGCCGCUCCUGCUCGCUUCUUCUUUCGAUUCAGGUUUCAUUUUGACAAAGAGGAUCAUGAAUAUCACAACACUAUUCAGGAGGUUAAAUCUCAGAGAUUUGGUUUCUAGUCCGUCUCUCUACAGUUGCGGCAGGGAUGCAUCCGGAGAGGGACUGAGCUUAGUACUAAGGCGUUGGGCUACCAAGAAGACAGCUGGGUCCACAAAAAAUGGGCGUGACUCAAAACCUAAAAAUCUUGGGGUGAAGAAAUUUGGUGGAGAGAGGGUGAUUCCAGGGAAUAUCAUUGUUCGCCAAAGAGGAACCAGAUUCCAUCCGGGGGAUUAUGUGGGGAUUGGAAAAGACCACACAUUGUUUGCAUUGAAAGAAGGGUGUGUGAAGUUCGAGCGAAACAAGCUGACUGGACGUAAGUGGGUCCACGUGUUGCCCAAAGAAGGCCAUGUGCUUCACCCCGUAUACUCAUCCACGGCUUCACCUACCGAGCUGAAGACAGCUACUUAAGGUUAUAGACUUAUAGUUUUCCAAUAUUCUAGUCACAUGCUUCCAUUUAUGUGAAUGCGUGGAGUGCCAGUCCAUCAUGUUUGAAUUCUUGUUCCAUCUUUUGCAGUUUGUCUUUUAAUGAGAUUGCCAUGUUUUCCAUUUGACUGCUGUAUUUUGUAAUUGUGAUUGGAGCAGCAAUCCAGGGCUGAUUUGAAUUCUAUUGAAUAAUGAUAUAUUUGCACACAAGGAUCAAGUAGUUAUGCUUCCUGUUUAGUUACAAGCUAUGCAAACUUAAACAGCAAUGGAUUAUAUCCAAACUACUUGAUCUGAAAUACUUUCAAAGUUAUCAGUAAAAUAGGAACAAUGUGACAUCUAUAUGUGCGCUUGUGCAAUGACCCUUUCCCUAAUGUGCAGUGACUUUCACCAU